UCUAGAUGCAACCAGGAAAGCAGCAGGCAGCAGGAGUCAUCAGGAGCCAGAACAGCCAUUCCAAUUAGGCCAUCCACUUCUCUCCUGCGGAUGUCGGAUGACCUAUUAUAGUAGUAGUUUGUUUACUUUCUGAGAUUGUGUCUUGUGUCGUAGUGUCUAGGAAAGGCCAUGGACCAAGACAUAAAUAAAGGCCUUCCCUCGUUGCUCGUUCCAGGGACGAGUUCAGCUCUGUAGAAAAUAGAAAUCGUCCUUGCCCGUUCUCUGUGUGUGAUUCUUGUAUUGUGGUGUCCCGUGUGCUUCUUUCUUCAGGGAUUAUUCAAGUGACCUCGCCAGUAAUGGCCCAAGCGGCUGUCCUCCGCGCUCAGAACAGAGCAUCCACCAAG